CCGCCAUCACUUCUCGUCCCACGCGGCUGCGGCUUUCGUGCUAUCCCAUCGUACCAAAAUGGACAUGUCAAUGGAUAUGUCGUCCUCGACGAUGGCCAUGCAUAUGUCGUCCUCCAUGACGUCCAUGAUGGCCAUGUCGAUGCCGUCCUCAACCAUGUCCAUGGGGAUGAGCACUGCUACCAGCGCCGCCAUGCCGAUGUCCUCUUCCGGAAGCGUCAACAUCACGUAUCUCCCGCUCAGCGACCCUCGCUGCAGGAACUCCAGCUGCCUUGCCUACGCCGCCGGCCAUAACCAGUCGCAAACCGAGAUCUCCUGGGCCUCGCAGUUCGAGUACGGAAAAUGGACGACCUACUAUUACUGCAUCUUCCUCUUCCUUUUCGGCUUAUGGUUCUAUUCCCAGAAGCUGGGCUCGGGUUAUGUCUUGUAUCCCGAGCCGAAGACGACCAUCGUGCAGAAGUUCACCGCGCUUGUCAGAUCGCUGACCUACAGGAGGAUCGGGAUUGGGAUGUCGCUCGGUGUGGCCGCCUUCAUUCUGCUGGCCUCCCUGUUUGCUACGAUUAUGACUUUUGCGCAGAGGCCAUAUUAUCGGAUGUUUCGAGGCUUCGGUUCUCCACCACUGGGAGUCAGGACGGGCUUAAUGGCCGUUGCACUGACACCGAUCAUCGUUGCUCUGAGUGGAAAGUACAAUAUAGUCACUCUUAUGACGGGCAUCAGUCACGAGAAACUUAACGUGCUCCAUCGAUAUGUGUCGUACAUAUGCCUUGCUCUGAGUAUCGUUCACACUGUCCCCUUCAUUGUGCAACCGUUGAAGGAGGGAGGCGCCGCUGCCUUGCGUAAGCAAUUCUAUUCACCUGGUGCAGACGAAUAUACCGGCGUCCCACCUUUCGCCAUGCUCGUCUUCCUCUGCACUUUCAGUAUCCCAUGGUUCCGCCAUCGCUUCUAUGAAAUCUUCGUGCACUCUCACAUCGGGGCAGCUAUUGUCUAUCUCGGCCUCAUGUUCUGGCACGCCGGCAUGGCCCUCGAUUCCUGGGAUUAUCUCUGGGCCACGCUUGCCGUCUGGCUCUUCUCUCUCUGCGGCCGUCUCCUGGUCAAGCUCAAAACCCCAGGCUUCAAGGGAGCUGAAGCCACGCUGGAAGAUAUCGACGGUGAAAUCCUCAAGAUCACGAUUCCGGCAUUUGAGGCGUUCGCCAAGUGGAAACCUGGACAACACGUCUUUCUCCGAUUCCCCACAAUCUCGCCUGUAGAUAACCAUCCUUUCACAAUCGCAAGCGCUUGCGACGAGACAUACGUGACGGACAGAAAAGGAAGAACGACCCGAAAGCCGAUCCUGUUCCUCAUCAAGCCUCAAAAGGGGAUCACAAAGCGCCUGAUGAAGAUCGCCCAACAGGAUGCAUCCCCACGCACCCGUCCAGUCCUCAUCGAAGGACCCUACGGCGGUCACCAUUGCCAAUUCGAAUACCGAUACGAGCAGAUGAUUCUCGUAGCCGGCGGAAGCGGCAUCACCGCCGUCCUCCCCCUGCUCACCGAUCUCAGCCGCAAGAUCGGCCGCGAGCGGACCGUGAUCCGGCAAAUCAAGCUGAUCUGGGCCGUGAAGCACAAACACGCACUAGCUUGGGUUCGGGACCAGCUUCACGAAGCCUUGACCACAGCCCCCGCGGGCACAGUGACGAUCGAUUACUACGUCACGUCCGAGAACUCGACGAGCGAGUCCUCGAGCACGCAUACCCCGGAUGCCGAGAAAGCGGUUCCUCAGCUACCAGAUGAUGGGAAACAGGUUGAGGUUCAUGAGAAGAACGACGUGCUUGGCCCGGGUCUUUUUGGAAGACCCGUCCUGAGGCAAUUAAUACCCGCCGCGUUGGAACAUGAAAGAAUCUGCGUCGUUGGCUGUGGACCUAAAGGAAUGAAUCAAGAUCUCAGUAAUGCCGUCGCGACAUGUCAGAAAAAGGUCCUUAGGGGGGAGGUACAAGAAGUAGCAUUGCAUACAGAGACAUUCGGAUGGUGA